UUCCAGGGUAAACAGUGUACACGCGAGCUGCUGUUCAGUUCUGACAUAAAACAAUGGCGGAUUCAUCAGAAUCGUUUCACAUGGCCACUAGCCCCAGUCACGUCUCCCGGCGGGGCGACCUGACCUCCAGCCCUGGCUGAGAUUUGCCCCCAUUUGAGGACGAGUCUGAGGGGCUUCUGGGAGAGAACGUUCCUAAAGAAGUGGAGGAUGGAGAUGGAGAGGAGCUGAUAGGAGAUGGGAUGGAGAGGGACUACCAUGCCAUACCUGAACUGGACCGUUAUGAAGACGAGGGCCUGGAUGAGGAUGAAGAUCUCAGUGAGCUCUCUCCUGGCACUCGCGCGGCCGCCGAAGAGGCCAUGAGAUGGCGAGACCGAGAACAAGGCCUGGGACGCAUCGGACGUGGACUCCUCUACGACAGUGAAGACGAGGAUGAUGAACGCCCCACGAAGAGGCGUCGGCGUCUGGCGGAGAUGGCAGCUGAAGGCGUCAUGGCGGAUGGCGAGGAUGAAGAGAUGAUCGAAAGUAUCGAGAACCUGGAGGACAUGAAGGGUCACACGGUCAGAGAGUGGGUUUCCAUGGCGGCACCUCGACUGGAGAUCUACCACCGCUUCAAGAACUUCCUGCAGACACACGUGGACGAGCACGGACACAACGUCUUCAAAGAGCGCAUCAGCGACAUGUGCAAAGAUAUAUCCCAGUCAAGAGCCGAGAGACCCAGACAGCCACUUCUGAAGGUUUUCCCUCGGACCCUCAUAGGCGAUCGAAGACGGGGCUUCAUGAAAGAGUGGUACAGUACCCAUAAAUGGCUGGAAUAUUCUCAAAGUAAAGAUGCUGCCUUCUGCUAUGCCUGCCGGCACUUCAGUCUCCCUUCUUCACGUGAUUCAGCAUUUAAAUCUGAAGGAUUCAGGCACUGGAAGAAAGCAACCUUUAGCGAUGGAGGAUUUGCUAGCCAUGCACAAUCAGAAUCGCAUACCAAUGCUAUGUUAGCCUGGAAAGACUAUGAAAAAUGGGCAGAAAGCAAAUGUUCUCUCUCUGCCUCUUUAAGUGCAGAAUAUGAAAAAUGAGUAAAGGAAAAUAGAGAGUACAUUAAAACAAUUGCAGAAACCCUGCUUCUCACAGCAACGCAAAAUAUAGCCCAGAGAGCAAAUAAUGAAACCGAGGGUGAGAACAAAGGGAAUUUUCUCUCUAUUAUGGAGUUACUUGCCAAGCAUGAUAACAUAGUCAAGAAGAAAAUGACUAGUCGAAGAAAUGCAACAUACCUUGGCCACAGAACACAAAAUGAAAUGAUUGAUUGCCUGGCUGAAAUGGUGCGAACCUCCAUAAUGAGUGAAGUUACUCAAAGUGAGGCCUUCAGCAUUAUGGUUGAUGAGACCAAAGACACCAGUAAGAUGGAGCAGAUGUCCUUUGUAAUACGAUAUUAUUAUAAUGGCUCUAUAUUAGAAAGUUUUCUUUCAUUUGAAGCUGCAGAACGCCUGGACGCUGCAGCACUUUCUCAGAAAAUCAUACAGAUAAUGCAGAUGUAUGGCCUUGACUACAGAAACAAUUUAGUAGGGCAAGCCUAUGAUGGGGCCUCCGUCAUGAGCGGCAAAAACACAGGUGUGCAGGCACGCAUUAAAUCAGAGGCCCCAUUAGCCUUCUACAUACACUGUAAUGCACACUGCUUAAAUUUGGUAUUGGUUGACAGUGUGAAAUGCCUUCCUGAAACCAGCUGUUUCUUUGCUCUGUUGCAGAAACUGUAUGUUUUUAUGUCAGGAUCCUUCGUACACCAAAGGUGGAUAGAGGUGCAGAAAGACAUGUAUCAAGGGGUGACUAGAGAAUUACAAAGGUUGAUAGAUGCACGGUGGGCAUGUAGGCAUAAUGCAUGCCAAACAGUACAGGAUAGACUGCCAGCCAUCAUACAUCUACUCAAACAAAUCUCUGAAGACAAAAAUGCUGACAGAGCUGUUGAAGCAAGAGGUCUUUUAGCACAAAUAGAUCUCAAGUUCAUUUGCCUCCUUACUACACUCACCAACAUUUUUGGUGAGAUCAAGCAUCUGUCUGACAUUUUACAGUCCUCACAGCUGAAUUUGGGCAUAGCUGUUACCCUUGUUGAUUCGCUUGUUGACACAUUGAAUGGAUAUCGAGAGGACUCUGUCUUUAAUGACAUUUGGGACAACACGAUGACUCUCGCCGAACAAUGCGGUGUCAAUGUUGUAUCUUCAGGACGUCAGGUCACACCAAGCUCUAGGCUCGAAGGGUAUUACAUUUCCACACCAAUAGCUCAGAGACCGGUCAGCACAGAUAAGGAGUCAUUUAGGACGGGCUCCUUCGUUCCAAUCGUUGAUGUACUUCUCUCUGAGAUUAAGAGAAGGUUUUCCAAAGAGAGCUGUGUCAUAAUGGAAGGGAUACAGGCCUUGAAUCCUGGAAGUCCCACGUUUUGUGAGAAAAAUGUAUUGUUUCCAUUUGCCUCACAAUACAACUGUAGCACCGAGGAUCUAGUAUAUGAAAUUCCUCUACUUAAAAGAGUUCUUGAAAGGAAGCAACCCAGCGGUGAGGAGGUGCCAUCCAAUUUAGUAGACCUCACAGUCUUCCUUGAGCCGUAUGGGGAGGUUUUCCAUGAGAUGUUUAAACUUUGCAAAAUUGCACUUGCAUUACCGGUGAGCACUGCGGCAUGCGAGCGCAGUCUUUCUGUGCUAAAGUUGAUCAAGACGGUCUUGAGAAAUACAACGAGUGACGAACGAUUGAGCAAUUUGGGGGUGUUAAGUAUAGAGUCAAGAAGGGCAAGGGCCAUAAAUCUUGAUGAUUUUGUGGAUGUGUUUGCAAAAAGACACGGCAAUAGGAGAAUAAAGCUGUAUUGAUAAGAUUGUGGCCUAAUAAAACAGAGAUAUGAAUUGGUUGUGAGUAGGCUCACUGAACCCUCAACAUGUGGUGUUGUACCCCAUUGAACCCUCAACAUGUGGUGUUGUACCCCAUUGAAACCUGAACUGAAUGCAAAAAUUCAAUAUUUUGUAAGUUGGAAAAUCAACAGAUUUUGGAGAAUGACCCAUUUGCAGUUUGGGUCAGUUCCUCACAUAAAUCUGUCGUGUGACUUUAGAAAACAUGGAACACAGCGCAUGAGUCAUAUGAACUACUGUUUACUACUGUUAUUCACUUUUGUUGGAAAGUGAAGUGGAUUUUAAGGGAGCACACUACAAGCGCACAUCAAUUUCAUCAUGAAUGAACAAAGAAUUGUUACUGUGAGAACGUGUAGUUAAAGAUGUACAUUGAGAUAUGUUGUACUUGUAAUAAGUGGUUUUAUAAAAAUAAAUUAACUAUGGUCAAAAUAAUUUUAUUUAAAAUUAACCAAAAAAAAUGUAAUGACAUCUUGACCACAGUCCUUGAAAACAAAUAAAAAUGUGCUUAAAGUCGUUGAAUUUAACUUUGAAGCAUCUGUAUGAACCCUGUUAUUGGCAACUUAGUCAUGUGACAUGUUGUUUUUCAACCUUCUCCGGUCUCUUGAAUGCAGAAGUACUCCACAUUAAAUUAA